CAAAUCUAUUACAUUUGUUGAGCCAAGGUUUCCAUGCUUGUUAACAAGCUCAGUUUUUGUGAAAUGGCACAUGCUAGGUGAUCCUCACUCAGCCUUACCUUGAACAUCAUGGAAGAGGGAGAUCUUAACGGUGGGGAUAUUUCAGACUCUCCUACAAUUUCUGACGAACGCACAUUGUCUGAUUCUGAGGCCGAUCCUGGGAGAGCGUCAGACUUCUUUGACUACACUCCCUCUCAGAGUUUUAAUGCUCCAGUCUCUUACUUAGAGGAGUGCCACCUGGUUAUGAACGACUUGCGACGUGAUCGUGAUCUGUGUGACGUAACUCUUGUUGUCAAGAGUGAAGUUUUCCACGCACACAGAGUGGUCCUUGCCUCACGGAGUCCUUAUUUCCUUGGAAUGUUCAAAUCUAACAUGGCAGAGUCUCAACAAGAUGAAAUUACCCUCACAGGAUUGGAUGCGAACUCUUUCAAGCUGAUCCUGGAUUUCAUGUACCUAAACAAGAUAAAAGUGACAGAGUCAAAUGUACAGUUCCUCCUUCCCGCUGCGUCCUUACUCCAGAUCAUGCCUAUUGUCGAGGCUUGUGCUGAAUUCCUCAAAGAUAAGCUUCAACCUUCCAAUUGUUUAGGUUUCCAAUCAUUUGCUGAUCUUCACCACUGUGAGGACCUUAAGAAGCAAGCUUUACAAUACGCUACUGAGCAUUUCUGGGAGGUAUGCAGACAAGAGGAGUUUCUGAGGAUCACAUCGGACCAGCUAAAAUCUCUGGUGAAAUCAGAUGUGUUGAAUGUUCGGAGCGAGGAGAAGGUGUAUGAAGCACUGCUGAAGUGGGUGAAACACGAUGUGGAGGGGAGACACCAGUACAUUCCUGAUCUCAUGCAGUGUGUAAGAUGGUCGCUGCUGCCCCAGAGUUACAUAGCAAAGGAGGUUGUCAACGAACCAGUCCUCAAAUCCUACUUAGCAGUAAAGGACAUGAUUAUAAACGCCCUGAUAUUCCACUACAAUCACCCUGAUAACAGUAAACAGAACAGAAGGUUCUUUCCUCGACACCCCUCCUCUCUUGUCGUGGUAGGAGGUAAAAACCCCACAGUUAGGGAUACAGUAGAGAGUUACUCAGCUAAGAACAACGCCUGGAGACCCCUUGCUAAACUUACUGUCAAACGUAGCUCAGUCGGCGUUGCUUUCCUCAACGGUUACCUUUAUGCAGUGGGAGGGUUUAGUGUAACAUCACGUCUGAGCUCUGUAGAGAGGUACGACCCUGAGAAGAACGAGUGGACACUGGUUGCACCAAUGAGCGUGUGUAGGAGCACUACGGGUGUGGGAGUUAUUGGAGGUAAGUUGUACGCAGUAGGUGGACGGGACGGGACGAGUUGCCUAGCAACAGCGGAGUGUUACGAUCCAGAGACGGGGGUUUGGACCCCCAUACCACCCAUGACUAUGCAAAGGGGUGGGGUAGCUGUUGCUGUUAUUGGGGACCUUCUCUACGCUAUUGGAGGGUACGAGUUAACGUGUUCCUCGUGCACUAAUACAGUGGAGUCCUACAACCCUGAGUUAGAGGUUUGGACACGCUGCGCGCCCAUGACGUGCAUGCGCAGCUACCUGGGCGUUGGAGUCGUGGACAACUACUUGUUCGCUGUCGGCGGACGGAACGGUGCUCAGUACUUCAACUCUGUCGAGAGAUAUGAUCCGGUGCAGGAUAUCUGGACUGCUGUAGUCUCCAUGAAUACCAGGAGAGGGUUUGUGGGUGUUGGAGUACUGGACGGGUGCUUGUACGCAGUCGGAGGAUGUGACGGUAAAACGAACCAGAUGUCGGUGGAGAAGUACGAUCCAAAAGAGGACGGCUGGACUGAAGUAGCAAUCAUGAAGUCUCGAUGUAGCAGUCUAGGAGUAGCUACACUCGGUUAAUGAAGAUAGGGGUGAAGAAAGAUAAGAAUACGAGAUUGUGCUGGCAGGGCCCACAAGUCAGACCUAAGGAAUAUCUUACAUUGGAGUAUGAAAGAGGUCAUCACCAGUCACGAUAUAUCCCGGAAAUUCCCGGAAAUGGCGGUGAUCUCCUGCUCCGUUCUACACUCACUACACAGAAACAAAUUUCGGAUUUUGUUCCGUGUUGGUGUUGUGAGGAUUUUGACGAGUUGGUGCCCCCGUAUGGUGCCCCCACCAAGUCCCACCUGGGCCAGCUUCUUGAAGUAGCUUUAGAGCUUUAGAGUUGAAAUGAGAGUUUAGCUCUAGUAAUGUUGGAAGUGUUGAUUCACUGUUAUGUUCCGACUGUAGAAGAUCGAAGUUAUAAUAAUAUUUAUGAGGUGAUCGAUUUGUGAUUUUCAUUGUCAGACUGUACUUUUUGAAGAAAGUCUUUUAAAUGGGUUUUUUCAUUAAAACAGGAUGUAUAUCACUACCGAUUUAUUUCUCAUUUUAUCUAAUACUAUAAAAUUUUUAAGGUAAACCGUAGAACAGGGUAGAAUAUAUAUAUAACUAUCGCAUAAUAUGUUAUAAGAUUAUAUUUAUUUCGGAUUGUCAUUUCAUAUCCCGAUAUUAUUUCCCAUGUCCCCCAUAUUUGAUCAGAUGAUAUUUUGGGAUCCAACACCCCAGUAUUGCAAUGGUUGCAUGGUUAAUGGUUAAUGGUUUGUGUAUGGUAUGUAACUUAACUGAAAUUCUUUGCGAGUUCAUUUGUAGAA